AUGGACUCCGGUGGCUCUGUAUCGCCCAAUGGUUCACCUCCCUCGGAUGGACUGUCUGGAGGUCCGGCACGUCCAGAGUUCUCGUACAACGCUACAGAGGCACAGUUUGUGAUCAUAUUCGGCGCUUUCAUGUCGGCAAUUGCGACAAUCUCAGUCUUAGCCCGCCUCUACAGUCGAUAUUUCUUUGCAAACCAUGUGGGGCUCGAUGAUUUCAUGGCCAUUGGAUCUUUGUGUGCCACGAUCGUUGUGAACGUACUUCAAAGUGUCUAUGCGGCUGUCUAUCUUCCUCAAGAGAAUGGCUUCGCACCUCCGAGCGGCGAAAGCGCCAAGCUCUUCUACGUUAUCAAAAUCAUAUACACCAUGGGGGUGGCCUUUUAUAAACUAACCUUCUUGAUUCAAUUCUGGCGCAUCUUCCGAUACAUCUACUAUAUGCGCAUUUUAUAUAUUGUCGCUAUAGUUUUGAUCUCGGGCUGGAGCAUAUCGCAAAUCUUGGUCACAAUCAUGACAUGCUUGCCUAUAUGGUCCAACUGGGAACCGAUCGAUCCUACGAGCGCUCAAAAUAUUGUUUGUCUACCAGUAUGGGUGUCGACGUACCUCAAUGCCGGAGGUACUGUGUUGACAGAUCUUAUCGUGCUCCUGCUGCCUGUGCCAACCCUGUUGAGCCUGAAGCUGCGUCGAUCUCAAAAAUGGGCUGCCGUUGGUAUCUUCGGAAUUGGUGGAAUUGUUCCAAUCAUUUCAGCUGGUCGAAUAUGGUCCUUAGGCAUUGCCCCUCCGAAUGGCUUUGUUGCACAAGCCUGCUUCAAUACUGCCGAACUGUCUGCAGGCGUGAUCACUGCCGGGCUUGCGACCAUACGCCUCCUUAUUAGCCGCCACCUUUCUUCAACAACGCUCAGCACUUUACGUUCUCGAGGCGAGGCGUCACGCAUGGAUGGACAUUGGGCGCCCAGCCUGCGACGCAAGAUAUCUUUGACCUUCAAUUCAAAGAUUGAUGACACCCAGCUGAGUUCACGCGACGGGGAUCCCGAACACUAUGAUAUGAGCAAUAUGCUGGGCGGGGCUUCCAGCCGACGGGAUCAGAUGAACAUGGGUAACAGGGCAACAGUAACAGCUGAAAGGUAUGAUCGGCCCAUGAGCGAUGGUGGCGCUGAAUUUCUAAAGGAAUUCGGCAUCAUCGUCGAGCUCAAUUGGGAGGUUACGGAAACGAUUAUAGAAAUGAGAUAG